AUGAUCCCUAGUACGCUUCAAGAUUUUGCUACCACCAAGGUGGUACAUCGUACGUGGGCAGGCACGUUUCAAUGCAAGCCGCAGGCCAUAUUCCAGCCAAGAAAUGAGACUGAAGUUGCUGAAUUAAUCAAGCAAGCUCGGCUCCAUGGCAAGACUAUCAUGACGGUUGGCUCUGGCCAUUCCCCUAGUGACAUGACUAUGACUUCUGAAUGGCUCUGUAACUUGGACAAGAUGGACAAAGUGUUGAAAAAAGAAGAUUUUUUGGGCCCCAAGAAGGACAAUCCUUCUGAGCAAGAAGUGAAAUUUGUGGAUUUGACAGUUGAAGCUGGUUGUAGAAUCUACCAAUUGAACGAAUAUGCCAAGAAGAACAAACUUGCCAUUCAAAAUUUGGGUUCAAUUAGUGAACAGUCUAUUGCGGGUUUGAUCUCAACGGGUACUCAUGGCUCGUCCAAGUACCAUGGUUUGGUGUGUGAACAAUUGGUGUCGAUUACCAUUAUGAACUCCGAAGGAAAGCCGAUCGAGUGUUCUUCCACCAAAAACCCCGAGCUUUUCAGAGCUUCUUUGCUUUCUCUUGGAAAGAUUGGUAUUAUUGUCAAGGUAACCUUGAGAACCAUUCCUCGCUAUACCAUCAAGUCAAAGCAGGAAGUGAUAAAUUUCUCAACCUUGAUCAAAUUGUGGGAUGAAAUCUGGUUAGAAUCUGAGUUUAUUCGUAUAUGGUGGUUCCCUUAUUCUGAAAAGUGUCUUUGCUGGAGAGCCUCAAAAUCCGAUGAACCUUUGAGUGCCCCUCGCUCUUCAUGGUAUGGUACCCCAUUUGGACGUUUCUUUUAUGAAUCUUUAUUAUUUGUCGCUGUCAAUAUUUUUCCCAGAAUAACACCAUGGGUCGAGAAGUUUGUGUUCAAAAACCAAUAUGGCUUUACCGAAACUAUUGGGCCAGGAGAUGUUGCAGUGCAAGAUUCAGUCGAUGCGCUCAAUAUGGACUGUUUGUUUUCCCAAUUUGUGAACGAGUGGUCUGCUCCUUUAUCUACCGGAGUGGACACUUUACUUGCUUUAGAUACCAAAAUUAAGGUUGCUGCAAGGGAAGGAAAGUUCUUUGUUCACGCACCAAUUGAAGUGAGAUGUUCUAAUGUAACAUAUUCUCAUGAACCGUUUGUCGAUGACGAAACGGGACAACCUUCCAACUACCCACCGAAAUCCUGGCUCGCUAAAAGAGACAGAUUUAGUGCUGGACCUACACCUGGAAACAACUUGAGACCUUACUUGGACAACUCACCUCAUGGACUACCAUAUGUUGGCAAAGAUGCAGAGUCGCCUAUAACCAACGAAAACUUGACAUUGUUCAUCAAUGCAACUAUGUAUCGACCAUUUGGCACCAGUCCGUCUACCAGAGCUUGGUACCAGGAAUUUGAAGACAUUAUGAUGACUGCUGGUGGAAAGCCUCAUUGGGCAAAGAACUUUCUUGGCUUACAAGGAAAACAUGCAACUAAGGACAAUACUCAAUAUCAAGUCCAGUAUGGUGGAAAGCCGUUUUAUACCAUGUUGGGAUUUGACCCAGUGAUGCACAAAUGGUUCGGUAAGGACUUGGAAGCUUUCAACAAGGUACGCAAGGAAAUGGAUCCUGAGGGAGUGUUUAUGAGUGGAAAGAAUUGGAUGGAAAGAAACGGACUUUUGAUUGAAUAA